AAACGAGAGUGUUUCUUUGCGUUGAUUCGGACGCUAGUACUGAAAGUACUGAACGCACAUGCAGCCGGUCACUCAGUCGGUGGACUCUGGGUUGAUGAACAGAACACAUGUCGCGCUCAACCCCAAUUCCUCGUCAGAGACAUCAUCCCGGCAUCCCAGAUAUUAGCAUAUUUUGCUUGAAAAUGCCGAGUCCAAGACACUUCUUGUGGGGCCAAGCUCGAUCCUAGACGGCCAGUUCAGAAUGACUCAUGUUCGAACGUGAAUUAAUAGUCGAGUUCUCAAGAGAGAAAGUGUCCAUUCAAUCUCGAAUGGGGAAGACGGCUGUGGAAAGGCUCCCUCCGAUCCAAUAACCGAUUUCAGCUGUUAGCUUAACGAGGGUACUGUCAUUAUUCGUAAUAAUCCUAGGGGCCCAAGGUUACAUUCAAUUUAACUUGAGGUAGUGUUUGUUGCCCGGCUUUCCUUUCACGCUAUAUUGUGCCAAGGUUUCUAACGUGUCGUCGUCGUGGAAUCAUGGUCCUCGGAACCACCCCAAACAUGCCUGCAGGUGUUCUUCGCCCUUUGAAUGAGCGUCACUUCAUCACGGCCUUGGCACGUGUCGUUUUCUCAUGCAUGAAGGAUAUGCAUAUCAAAGUGGAUCCAUCCCCUCAUUCCCAGUUCCCAGUCUGAUCCAGACCUUUGACGACUCCAGUGGCAAUUUGUUGGCCAACGUUGUUCCAGACCCACCAUGCAAUCGACCAAUAAAGCCCUGGCCAGAAGUAUCUCCGUUGUCGCUCAACCCUGGACGUAUCGGGGGGAGGGCGGGGCCAAUUUGGUGAUUGCUUUAUCCGACGAGAAGUCUGUCUUACGCUUUGCCAAGUCCAAGUUCGUGGACAAGGAUGUGGAUGGGAAGAUUGGCGAGAUCGCUUACUUUGCCAACACGGUGAUGCGCCCUCGAUUGGGCUCGCUUUUCAUCCGACCCUUGGAGAUCCGAAUCGUCGAUGACUUGGAUUUUCAUAAUGUCAGAGAGUCCGUCCAGCCCUUGCGACCACCGGCGAGAUUGAAAAAGGACAUGAAAUCCAAGAAAGUCAUCAUGUCCCAUGACUGCACGUUUCUAACGCCCGAGUACGAGAGGAAUACCCAGGGCGAUACCAUCUCCUUCGAGAUCAAGCCCAAACAAGGCUGGCAUUCUUUGAAGGCCAGUUGCUCCGUCGAUUUGUGUCAUCGAUGUUUGAAGCAAUAUGCCAAAUUGCACAAGGGCGAAAUCACGAGCAUAUCCAAGUAUUGCCCCUUGGAUUUGUUUUCCUGCGAUCCUCUGCGCAUGAAACGAGCCAUAUUUGACCUCUUCGAGUUCCCGUGCAACAGGUUCAAGGUAUUCCGCAACGGAGGUCUGAUUUAUACGGAAAACAUUGGCACGGCACCAGACGUGGAAAAUGAGCUGAGCCAAUGGCUGGAACUAGAUCCUCAUGAUUCGGAUGCGGUGGAUUUGAUGGCCGCUCUCCUGUGUACCGCCCUCUUAUCGCCUUUGGAGGAGACCAAAGAAAUCGACGUGAUGGAAAGCUUGGUCAGCCUUGACGUUUCUGACAGCGACCGCGGACAAUUUUGCGACACCAAAAGCGAUCCCCUUCCGCCCAAUUGCAUUCUGCAGCGCCUUCUGGCCCUUCAAAGGCAAACGGAAAUUGGUGACAACGAGGCUCAAAUCAUUUGUGAUCGGCUUCUCAAUAAUAUUGAGGACAUCGAGGGUCUCCAUCAAUUGGUGAUGUGGCAUCCCAAUAACAAAUUGGAGCACAAGCUCAGCCCGUCCGAGAUCGAAGACGUGUUGCAACUUCAGCGAUUCUUGUUAUCCGUCACCGCCAAAGACGUGUCCUUGUUAUUGACUUUUCGUGAGAUUCAAGACUUGUCUCAAGAGACAUUCGAGCAUCCCGUGUUGCAUUUCCGAUCAGUGGACAAGAGUUUCCGGCUUAUGCUCUCCGUGAUUGACAUGGAUCCAAAAUCAGUGCAUCGCAUUUCAUCGUGGGUCAAACGCAAGGAAAGUUGGCUCAAUGCGUAUUUUUCCUCAUUGAAAGAUUGACCUUGACGAUUCUCCUUUAGAUCGGCCUUUUUUACCAUUCUCAUCAUUAUGUAUCGGUUUUCUUAUGCUAUUUGUAAUUUGAUCAACUUCGAUGUAACUCACCCUACCAAAAGCAGUAAGUGUUCUUUCAUCCCUUGCAAUAUCUAUUCCUACUAAGAUUACAUACAAGUGUGCUUAUUUCGA